AUGCCGGAGAAAAUAUGGCAAAGCGGCGAUGUUGACGUUCGAGAUUUGUUGGAACAACUGACCUCCGCCGAACAAUCUAGGCAGGUCGUGGUCUACGACGGUCCAACAUGCAAGUGUUCCAACGAAAACAGCACGAGCCGAGCCAGCUGUACACUCCUUGCCAUGAAUUGUGUUAGAACCGUCUUUGAGGUGGAAAAGGGGUUGGGGGCAAAAAUUUCAUGGGCAUGGCAGCGUUCGCGAGAUGAUGCCGAUGCCGAUGCCGAGUUCUUAGAAGACCUCCUCGCUGAGAGAACAGUUCAGAAAAUCGUAUCCAUCACAGCCUACCUCAAACUUGCCAUAGGCAUGAAUGUUGGCGAGCUCUGUGAAACCCCACUCUUUGAAAGCGUUCUAUCACAAACCUCGUACGUAGUUCAGGAAACAUCGCAGGUGGGGUUUUCUGCAAUGUUAGACACAAUGUCCGUGACUGCAUCUCAACGUGUCACUGCUGCGGUAAUUACGCAUUCAAACGAAGUCAUAGUGUGUCUGAAGGUCAAAAUCGCUCUCGAGGACACAUACAUCAUCUUCGAUCCACACGCUGGGUCUAUUUCACCGAACGGACCUGCAUUCAUUCUGGAGCGACGGAAGAAAACCGCAGCAGAACUGCUUAGCGACUUUGCUGCAUCUAAGAGAACUAAGGUAUCCCACCCAGGCGUUCAGAAAUACUACGCGCGCAUUUUUUGCCCAAAGGAGAGUUAUCUGGAUACAACCAUGGGAGAAGACUCUUUUAGGAACUCUCUCAUGUCUUCCAACGGACGAGCGCUCACCGAGACCUUACUUUACCUAUCUCGAAAGACUACUUCUGCUCAUCAGGUAAAACAAGAACCUGCGACGCCUACCGAGAAGCAAAACUCGCACGAUGAAAUAAAGAUAGACACCACGCCUGCCCUUCCACUAUCUGACCUCUCACCCUCCACCAACCCCAAUACCCCUGCACGCACCCGCUUGCGAAAAGAAUUUGGGUGGCAGCUAUCUUUGCAAGGCAAGAAGAUAUCUGCGUCAGACAAAAGUCUCAGCGACUUCGCUCAAGCUCCAAGAAUAAUAACUGCUUCUGCUGCUCCCUCUCCGUCCGAGGAGGUCCAACCCUCCAGAGAGCCUCGUCAGAGCCCUAAGACGCCUAAAGCCAGUCGACCAAUCAAGAAAGAUAUUGGUUGGCAGUUGGCGUUGCAGCAAGCCAAACCAUCGGUAAAUGGGAACACGACAUCUGAAACGAUAAGCAAGAAGGUUGCCAAACACGAUCCCGUCACCCCUCCCGCUAAACGCACGGCGUCCGGCUUUGUCAAUAACGACACUGCUAAGACGCCCAACCGGCUGGCCUCCCCGUCUACACCGUCAAAAGUGACACCACCAACUCAACAUCACCAGACUAUGAGUGUUGGUCAACGCGCCUCUCGAUCGCGAGAUGAGUAUAGUUGGAAGCUUGCAUUGGCAUCGAAAUCUCUUGAUCCUCUUCCGCGUCGACCUAUCGAAGCGCCUGCUGACGAACGGGCUAGGCCUACCACUCUCGUUGAAGUGGCACAUGUUUUAGACCCUCCUCCAUCUGCGUCCAAAAUUACUCCUGUUAGCACCCCAGUGGAUACAUUCAUUUGCGAGGUGUGCUUUGAAAACUUUACGGUAUCUCAGGUUGCUCGAAUGCCAGACUGCGAGCAUAGCUUUUGCAGAGAUUGCCUGCGUAGCUAUGUCAAGGCUAAACUAGUCGAGGGCCGGUACCCCAUCCCUUGUCCCGUCUGUUCCGCAGACAAGACAAGAACAGAACCAGGCACUGUAAACCAAAGCCUCAUGGAGGAGCUUGGAUUAUCACAACGCGAGUUUGACAAACUCCAAGAACUCCAGUUAUCAGCACAUUCGGUGCAACUCGAGUGUCCAAGCUGCCAUGAAUCCAUGUUCGUUGUUCGGCAGGAGUACUUGGAACAGGAUGUGUUGAGGUGUCCUUUGCCGAGAUGCGGACAUAGAUGGUGUAAAGCGUGCAAGAAGACAAUCACUGGCGCCAAUAAUAAGCAUGCAUGCAAGGCUGACAAAUUGGACCGUCUUAUGCGUAAGAAAGGGUGGAGAUACUGUCCAGGGUGUACGAGUCCAAUACAGAAAGAGUCUGGAUGCAACCACAUGAAGUGCACUUCUCCAGGAUGCAACGUGCAUUUUUGCUACAAAUGUGGAGUGUUGAUACUGGACGCGUCCACUGGACAAGAUGUCGGCGUCGCAGUUGAUAAUCAUUAUCUCCGGUGCACUCAAUUCGAGAAAAGUCACAAAUGCACCAUUCAAUAA